CAACUGAUACGAGGGGAAGUCUAUAUAGCCUAAACCCUGACACCUGUUGUUCAAGGGUAUCACAAAUUAGAUCCUUGCAUCGAGGUCUAACCAUUUGAAAGUGAUUAUAUUUGCGUAGGAGCAGACGUCAAUAAUCAUGUCUCAUGGCUGGGGUUACGGACCAUCUGACGGACCUGUCAACUGGUGUAAGGACUUCCCCAUUGCUAAUGGGCCCAGGCAGUCUCCUAUUAAUAUUAUUAGUGGCCAAGCAUCCUACGAUUCUGCCCUGAACCCCCUCAAACUGCACUAUGACCCAUCCAACUCCACAGACAUUCUGAACAAUGGCCAUUUCUUCCAAGUUGGCUUUGUGGAUGAUACUGACAGUUCAACACUGACCGGAGGCCCCAUCACCGGCACAUACAGGCUGAAGCAGUUCCACUUCCACUGGGGAGCCAGUGAUUACAGGGGCUCUGAGCACACCGUCAAUGGAAUCAAGUUCCCAUGUGAGCUCCAUCUGGUGCACUGGAACACCAAGUACCUCAGCUUUGGUGAAGCUGCUAGCCAUCCUGAUGGUCUUGCUGUAGUUGGAGUGUUUCUGAAUCUUGGUGCUGCAAACCCCAGACUACAAAAGGUUCUGGAUGCUCUGGAUGCCAUCAAAUCAAAGGGGAAGCAAACUACGUUUUCCAACUUUGACGCCGCAACUCUGCUGCCUGACUCACUGGACUACUGGACAUACAAUGGCUCCCUGACCACUCCCCCUCUGCUGGAGAGUGUCACCUGGAUUGUCCUGAAGGAAUCAAUCAAUGUCAGCCUUACCCAGAUGGGUAAAUUCCGCAGCUUGAAAUUCAGUGGGGACGGAGAGGCACAUUGCUGCAUGCAGGACAACUACAGACCCACUCAGCCUCUCAAGGGACGCAAGGUCCGCCGGUCCUUCAAGUAAACAGCCACGUGUCACACCAUCCCCCAUCCAUCUUCCCCAGGUUAUAUAUACAUCGUGUGCCAUUUUAGCACAUGCAUUGGUGUCAGAAUCUGCUAAUUGUUAACCCCAUUGACAAAACCAUCAGUAAAUACUACAAAACAGAAAUGUAAACUUAAACCAAUGCAAUUUAAUAACGAGCCAGUGCAGAUGAGAUUUAUGCGCUGGUAUGGAUGGAUAGCAGCUCCUGUAAUCCCUGACGAUCAGCCUCAGGAUCACCCUAGAUUAAUGUAAUUUAGCUGCCUGCCCCUGCAAUAACAGAUGAGUCAGUCAGAGAUAGAGGCCUUUAAUGGUAUAAUACUACAGGGCUUUUUUUCUCUUCUCUACUCUCAAUAAGCACAAACAGUUGCUAUGCAAGAGAUGGAAUCUUGAAUGAAUCCUUAAACACUUACAAUAUAAAAAUGGAAUCUUCACAUCAUCAAUGUAUUGUUUGAUUUGUGUUGCUUUAGAUUACAGGUCCAUGCCAAAUAUAAGAGCUGUAAUGUAAGUGUUAUAUAUAUAUAUAUAUUUGUACUCAUAACUUACCUCUCUACCAGUGCAUUAUCGUUGUCUUAAAAUCACGAGUGAAAGAAAAUGUUGUGUGUGAGGUGUCAUUAUGUCAUCCAAGUCCCAUCCACUAUAAUGAAAUCCUGUGUUAAUAUCAGUAACUGUUUAUAAACUCAAUGUUUCUGGAAUGACACAUCUGUUGGAAAGCUUUGCACAUUUUUGGGGGUAUGUGGAAUUACCACACUACAGAAAUGUCAGUUGCCCUUUGGCUGUGUGGGAUCAGCCUUACCCAGCUACGGAAACAGACCCCACUGUUGAUAAUCAGAUAUCUUCCUUUUAAGUACGGACAGAAGGCUUAUUUUACAGUCACGUGCCCUUAACAAGGAAGAAUUGACCUGAGUUCUCCACCUCUGGUUCAGGACAAGUUAAUCAAUCACGUUGUGUGGUACAAACAACAGUCACUGCAACUUAAAUGUCUUUGAUUAACCCGUUCACAUCCUUGUACAAUAUCAAAAUGCGCCUCAGAACAAAUGACUUUUUGUGUAAAUGCAUGGAAUUUGGUGUCAACAUAGUAAACGUGUCUAGACAGGUCACAUUGAAAUGUUAAGAUUAUCAUACUUCGUUAAAAUGACUUCAGCAUAUGCAUGUCGACUCAUAGUAUUGUUCUUUGACCUGUUCUAAACCCAACUAUGUCUAAUAUAUGAUUCAACUCAGUAGUUUGAACCUACAGCUAUUUCUCUAUAGUACUAUAUUUAGUCUUUGGACACAUGGGUUACUGUUUUUUUACACAUUUCAAGAAUCUAGUCAUGUGAAUACAAUCAAAUGAUCAGAAUAAUUUUUGGUAUAUAGAUUGUCAGGACCAAUAUACACUGCAUAUACGAAACCUGCUCUUUCCAUGACAGACUGACGAAAGGUGAAAGCUAUUAUUAAUACCUUAUUGAUGUCACCUGUUAAAUCCACUUCAAUCAGUGUAGAUGAAAGAGAGGAGACAUGUUAGAGAAUGAUUUUUAAGCUUUGAGACAAUUGGGACAUGGAUUGUGUAUUUGUGCCAUUUAGAGGGUGAAUGAGCAAGACAAAAUAUUGAAGUGCCUUUGAACGGCGUAUGGUAGUAGGUGCCAGGCGCACCGAUUUCGAGUGUGUUAACUGCAACACUGCUUUUUCACACUCAACAGUUUCCCAUGUGUAUCAAGAAUGGUCCACCAGCCAACUUGACACAACUGUGGGAAGCAUUGAAGUCAACAUGGACCAGCAUCCCUGUAGAAUGCUUGACACCUUAUAGAGUCCAUCUCAAUGCCCCCAAUGAAUUGAGACUGUUCUGAAGGCAAAAGGGGGAAGGUGUUCUUAAUGUUUUGUGCUCUCAUUGUAGUUGUCUAUUUUGUAUUAUUUAAAGAUCUCCACACUCCUGGGGUCUUGCAACAUUAAGGCAGAUAUAUAGAAUUUUAUAUAUUACAUUUUAUAACACUUUUAGGCCACUACUCCACUAUCACAUAUUUACAAUACAACGCCUGUGUGUGUGCCUGUGUGUGUGUGUGUCUCUUCACAGUCCUCGCUGUUCCAUCAGAUGUAUUUUUUAAAUUUUUUAAUCUGAUUCUACUGCUUGCAUCAGUUACCUGACGUGGAAUAGAGUUCCAUGUAACAAUGGCUCUAUGUUGUACUGUGCACCUCCCAUAGUCUGUCCUUGACUUGGAGAUUGUGAAGAGACUUGCUGGCAUGUCUUGUAGGGUAUGCAUGGGUGUCUGAGCUGUGUGCUACUAGUUUAAACCGACACCUCAGUGCAUUCAGCAUGUUAACACUUCUUACAAAAUCAAGCAGUGAUGAAGUCAAUCUCUCCUCCACUUUGAGUCAUGAGAGUUUACAUGCAUAUUAUUAGUGUUAGCUCUCCAUGUACAUAGGGCAAGGCGUGCUGCACUUUUCUGAGCCAAUUGUCAUUUCCUGGAGGUCUCUCUUUGGCACCUGACUACACGGCUGAAAAGUGCGACAAAAUUAGGGACUGUAGGAACCUGCCUUGUUGAUAGUGUCGUUAAGGCAGAGCUUUAUUAUGGACAGACUUCUCCAAUUUUAGCUACUGUUGUAUCAACAUGUUUUGAGCAUGACAGUUUACAAUCCAGGGUUACUUGCUCAAUUUCCACAUUAUUUAUUACAAUAUUUAGUUGAGGUUUAUGGUUUAGCAAAUUAUUUGUCCCAGAUACAAUGCUUUAGAUUUUGAAAUAUUUAGGACUAACUUAUUCCUUGCCACCCAUUCUGAAACUAACUGCAGCUCUUUUUUUAAGUUGCAGUGAUUUCACUCGCUGUAGUAGCUGAUGUGUAUAGUGUUGAGUCAUCCACAUACAUAGACACACUGGCUUUACUCAAAGCCAGUCACAUGUCAUUAGUAAAGAUUGAAAAAAGUAAGGGGUUGACCGCUGCCCUGAGGAAUUCCUGAUUCCACCUGGAUUAUGUUGGAGAGGCUUCCAUUAACCCUUUGCCACGUACGAUCACAUAUUUGUGAUCAUUGUUGACUGGUCCCUGCAGCAUACCAUCUCAAAUAUGUGAUUGGAACAGUAGUAACAGAACAUAUGAUGGAACAAACUUGUAUAAACAGCAUUGUUUUCUGAAAGCAUCUAAACACUGCUUUGUACUGCUGGGAAAUAAAGGUCUUCACACCUUUA